AAAGCAGCCCUCCACAUCGAGUCUUGAUGAUGAUGAUAUGAAGCGGUGGAUGCAGAGAGAAAACAGGCUCACCAUCAGAAGCAGCAGCAGCAGCAUCACUGAUCUCUUCCAGCCGUCCCCCGCCGCCCACACUUCCGGAGCGGACCCUGUGACAGCCAGGCAGCUGCCGGUCGGGAUGCGUCCGUCUGAGCUGAGCGGAGGACGGCGCCUGUGAAACGAGGAAUUACAUCUCCUCUUUACAAUCUCAGCUGCAGACAUCGGAUCACAUCAGCAGCACUUUUUCUCUCAGCAGAAAAACAGUCCAUUAAGCUACUGUCUGCCGUCAACUGUUGCUUAUUUUCACUGUAAAUGAAUCUUGUAAGGUUUAUGAACAACCGUGUUCCUCCUAACAAGAGAUACCAGCCCACAGAAUACGAGCAUGCUGCCAACUGUGCCACGCAUGCGAUGUGGAUAAUCCCUAGCCUGCUGGGUAGCUCACUGUUGCACUACGAGUCAGAGGACCGAUGGGAGCGGCUGUCAGCCUGGGUGUACGGGGCAGGGCUCAGCUCGCUCUUCAUUAUCUCCACCUUGUUCCACACUGUGGCCUGGAAGAAAAGCCACCUCCGCUCUGUAGAGCAGUGUUUCCACAUGUGUGACAGGAUGGUGAUCUACUUCUUCAUUGCAGCCUCCUACGCCCCAUGGCUAAACCUCCGGGAACUGGGUCCGUGGGCGUGUCACAUGCGCUGGCUGGUGUGGGUGAUGGCAUCUUUUGGAACCACCUACGUCUUCUUCUUCCAUGAGAGAUAUAAACUCAUGGAGUUAAUUUGUUACACAGUAAUGGGAGUUUUUCCUGCUCUGGUCAUCUUUUCAAUGCCGGAGCAGUCCGGAUUGUGUGAGCUGCUGGUCGGCGGAGCCUGCUACUGUCUCGGUAUUGUCUUCUUUAAAAGUGAUGGGAUCGUCCCGUUUGCUCACGCCAUCUGGCACCUUUUCGUAGUUGUGGGAGCAGCCAUACAUUACUACGCCAUCUGGAAGUAUCUUUACGCCCAGACUCCCAGGCAGGUCCAGACCUCCAGAUGACAUCAGUGAUGACCUCACAGGAAUGGACUCCUGUGAUUGAGUUUCUCUGGGGGAGCUGUGUCCAAGUUCAAGGGCUGCCUCAUAUAGGACUGAACUCUAAGGAUAAACAACCUUUACAUUUGGAUCUGUCUGAUCAACUUAUAAAGUCCAAUAAGUUGUUUGUUUUUUUAACUUUAAAACAUAAUUUGGGUUGUACACUGAUUCUACUAUAGGAAAUACUACAAAUGACCUUUAAUAUCAAAAAUUUUAUUUCUUACAGACUUCUGCUGAGAUUUUGGUGGUUUACUAUAAUAGUAUUAGGAUAUAAAGGUCGUAAGUGGUGUAAGGAGAAGGCUCUGAGCAGCAGUUAAAGCUUAUUCAUGGUGUGCAACCCACAGGGCCUUAUCAGCAGACUAUUAACUAGUAACAACCAUGCUGCCCUCACCUAAACACCACAGUGUUAGCUCUCCAGCUAACCCUGCGGCACUGUGGCUUUUAAAAAAAUGAGGAAUCCAGACUAAGUUCUCCUAUUGCUUUAAAAAAAAGUCUUAUUAGGUAGCUAAAGAAAAAACUCUGCCUUUGCACAAAGUAUUUUUGUACAAUAAAGUUAGAGAGAGGGUAAAACGAUAGUGCAUAUAGAGAAGUUGCUGAAAAAUGGAGGGUAGUUGUAAGGUUUUUAGACUGAUAAAGUAUAUACCAAGGCGGAGACUGAUGGUGGAGGCACAGAAACAAUGUGCAUUUAAAGGGGCAUUUCAGACUUUGUGAGGACCCAUUCUAGUUCAGAUGUAAAGUCUAUGGCAUUGGCACUUGGAUGGAAUAAUCAAGACAAGGGAAGAUUACUUAUACUACCACCCUAUUACCUAAAAGUUAACAGCGCUGAGAUCACAAUUACCUUUAAGGGGAUUUACGUUCCUUUAAGUUUAUUUUACAUUCUAGAAAUAUUCGAAUAACAUUAUAAUCCUAAAGACCAUUUCUGCAAUGCUACAAAGCCGAACAAGUGCAGAUACAUAGAUGAGCUAGCUUUAUUGAAAGCAUAAACAUGUUUACCUGUUUAUUGUUGUCACUUUCUAAAUCAAUAUAAAAAUUGUUUAGACAAUGUAUAAAAGUAAAAGUUUGGAUCCUAGAACCCUUUAAGUCUGAAAAUAUAUCAAAUUAAUCAGAUACAUACCGUAUAAACUUUAUUAUAUUAUGCAGAAUCACCUCGUUGUAAUGAAUCCCUAUUUCCUAAGGUGGCACCUUUGUAUACUUGGACACAGCUGAAAUCCCCACUUCAGUUUAUAUUAAUGUAUUAAAUCACUGUAUUUUCCAAGAAUUUAUUUUGUUUUUAUGAUCAGUGCUUAGCUACCGACUCUCUGUGGUGCACAUCCAGAUUCAAUGUUCAGAAGCAGCAUUUUCUUAAAGCAGCAGGAUGACAAUGUUUACAGUUGCCUGCCUUGAUUAUCAUCUGCAGAUUAAGCAUUUGUUUUAAUUAUCAUUUACACCUAGUUAAUAUGAGUGGUUUAUAUUUACAGUCUAGAGUUUUAGAUCAUAUAAAUUUACAUUUGAUUAAACUUUUUGCUUCUUUUUUUUGGUGACUUAAUGUAAUUACCAAAACAAGCAUGAGUAGAAUAAUUUGAUAAUGUAUAUUUAACAUAGAUUUGUGGUUGUAGCCUUAAAGACUAAGCCUCUAUACAUCCACAAUCAUUAGAACAAUAGAAUAUGUAGUCUAUUUGCUGAAUAUCACAGUUUCCUGUUGCUUGUUAGGUUUUACAAGCCGGAAUGUCUUCAGUAUCAUUUGUACAGAGAUUAUAUUUUCUUGUGUAGUGUUCGUUGUCUUGAAAAUAGGUGUAAAACUAAUGAUUAGCAACAUGGUUAAUGCUGAAACACAAUUGACUCAUCACUGCCAGAGGGCUAAAUUACUGCCGGUACUGAUAGCACAUGCUACCAUGAUUAAGAAAAUGUCUCAUCUGAAAGGAAACUGAAGCUAUAUUAUUCUUAAACAAUCUCUCCCAAUAUAAAGGCAUCUCAGGAGUGUGUGUGUUUGUAUGUGUUACUUGCCUGAAUGUGGUUGUGGGUAUAUUUUACCAUCAAAUGCCCAUGAAAACCUAUAGUUUACAUAUGAAAACGUUGAACACAUAAAUAUCUAUAUUUGCUAUUCUCUAACUCGGCGUUUCAUUGUAAAGUUUAAUAAAUGUGGCUGAGGACCAAAAAGGUCGGGGAAUCUAAUAGUUAAAGGUGUGAAAAACAACAAAAAACCAACAAGUGACACUGGUCAUGUUUCACAGUUGUUUGACACUCAGGAUUUUAGGGACCAUCGAAUCUGCUGGUGAAUAUUCUCAGUCAUCCAGGUCAUAGUCAUUCCCAAAAAAGUAAAAAAAAAAAAAACAAUCCACUGGACUUUGUUUCCAAGUCAGAAGACGUUUCGCUUCAAAUCCAGGAAGCUUUUUCAAUUCAAAAUGUCAGAAAUAGCGUCAAGUUUGAGGCUUUAUAGAGUUAUUACCUACACAGUGUUACCGCUUAUAAAGAUAUUAAAAUGCCUUAAAAUAAUUUCAUUUAUUGUCUCAGUAGCAUAUAUUCACACUGCCAUAAGGGGAAAGAUCUUAAUUUUGAAAUCAGUAAAUAUAUUUAGGGGGAAAAAAUUAUUGACGCCACAGUCAUUUCUUAAAAUAAUUAUCAUAAAAUAAUUUUCAAAUAUACUGUACUUGAAGAAAUGAGUUUUGAAGAACUUUGAAUAAGUCAUCCAUGCCUUUCUUUCUUUCUGUGGUUUAAAUGUUAGGCUAAUCUCUAUAAGAAGGUCUUUAAAAUACUGUAGGAAAGACAGGAAAACAAGCCAUUGAAGUGAUUUAGAUGAUUACUGCUAUUGUCUUGAGUGAAAGCAGUCAAAGGAAAUAAACAAAUCAUAAAUAGUACAAACAGCAUAUGCUAAAGUAGACUAAAUGUCAGGAAAAUAAUGGAGAUUUUGUGGAGCAUCAAAUUACUGGCUGUUGCUUGUAUUAUAGGAUUAAUUGUAGGGAAUUAAUUGGUUUCUGCUGCAUCAGGAUGAGCUAUGCCAUCUAAGAAUAGUCUGACUAACAGAAAUAUAACUUUAUUGAUCUAUUAGUUUUGCAAAUCAGUCAUAUAAUUAGCCAAACUAAUCAGAGAAGUAUUUCAGGUUGUCCAGUUCGACAUCAGUUUCAAGCAUCUAGCAUCCUAAGGAGACAGGAUAUUCAAUGGAGCAAGCAGCACAGGCUGAUCUAAGAUUAGGAAUUGCUUUUAUUGGUCAUAGUCAGGUUAAUUCUGAAGCAGAUAAUUCACUGAGAGCUGUGGUGGGCUAGUCUGUGGCAGCCUGGUGAUCCACUUUUGAAGCUUUAGGGCCAAAUGCUGCUGGAUGAGCUGCUGAAGCAUUUUUACCAUUUUUUCCCGUCUUGGUAGCAUGUUUUCCUAUGCUACUUAAGCGUAAUAGUGUGGAUGUGUAUAUUAACAGGACAACAUGCAAGAUAAAAUUGUCUUAAAGAACUGCAGCAGCUCUUACAGUGUCAGAUUAAACUACUAAAUGCUCACUCUAAUAAUAUCAUUUUUCCUUUAGAUGCCAAUAGAUAGGGGAAAUAGUUGAAUCAAAAUAAGGACCUUAAAAGUGUUCAUAUUUGCACAAAGACACACUGUGAUCAAAAUCCAUUUAGACUUUUUUUUAAUACAAAAGUAAGGAUAUUUCUGUUACCUUUACAGACAGAAUAAGGAAUUAAAUAAAUAAAUUGUCCUUAACAUGUUUCAUUAGCAACUCUAUGUUCAAAAAUGGUAUCUACCUUUACCUCACUUUUUGGUUAAAAAGCAAAAUUAACAACAAAUGUGAGUCAAUCAUGAGAUGAUAAAUUAUAAAGCAAACCUGAAAGCAUGAUAUAAACACUGUAAAUCUCAACGAGUUAUGAUUAUCAUUGGGUUUUUUUUUAACUGUAUGUAAUUCAUGGAAAUGAAACAGCCUAAAUCAAUGGAAACCUUAAGGGUUAUAAACCUAUUUCCACAACUAAGAGGAAAAUAUAUGUUUAUUGCAGAUUUGAAUAUGUUUAAAUGAUACUUAUAUUUCUGAAUGAUGCUAAUUUGAAACAAGUCCUUAAGACCAAAUAGCUUGUAAAUAUUUAGAUUAUCAAUGUUUACUGACACAUUCUAGAUACAUAAAAAAAAAAAAAAAAAAAGGUUAAUUCUUGCUUUAUCAUAUUUGGUAUUAAAACCAUUUUCAUAAGCAGUUUUAUUAAUUUAAUCUUCUUAGUUUCUUAGUAUCUUGAGAAUAGUAUUAAUUUUUACUAGAGAAGUAGUGCACAUAGAAAUUUGUAUAAAUCUCAGUCAUUUUACAAACUGUACAUCUGUUCAUGUUAUUUACACUCUUUGUGAAGGUGAAGCCGCUCAGUGUUUUUUGUCCUGCUACUGCUCUCUCCUUGUUCCAGAAAAGCUCAUGUAUUUUCCUACAUGGUUCUAUCUUUUUAAUUUGAUUAUUGUAUCUUUGGUGCAUUUUUGUGUUGUGAUAAGCCUAUUUGAUGCACACAAUGCUUUUAUCUUUUCUAUCUCUGUUAUAAUAA